AUGUCUGGCAUUUCUGCAUCCGAGCUGGCCCAGGACGAGACCUUGAAGACGUCGGUGACGAGGUCAGAUCCGGAGAACCAACUCAAUGCGCCAUUCAUUCUUUAUGAACCCUUGCCUAUUAUAAAGAAGAAAUCUCUUGGAGCUGGCUCGAUCUUGCCUAUCGGCGCAUUCGCUACGACCCUGACGACUCUGUCGCUGUCUCUGAUGGAAUGGCGAGGUGUCACAACCACUAAUGUGUACAUCGCGAACUUCUUCUUUAUCGCAGCGUUUGGCCUAGUUGUCACAGCUCAGUGGGAGUUGGCCAUUGGAAAUGGACUCGCAUACUCAAUCUACAGUGCUUUCGGACUUUUCUACGCGGGUUAUGGAGCAAUGAUCACUCCGUCUUUCGGUGUUGCUGACGCGUACGGCGAUGACAUCCAGCAAUACAAUAACGCUGUUGGCUUCUUUAUGAUAUUAUGGACCGUCUUUGUUUUUGCACUGCUUAUUGCGGUAAUCCCAACGAAUAUAACAUUCAUCAUAAUCUUUAUCUUCCUCGUACUUGGUUUCCUGUUCGUGGCGAGCAGCUAUUUUGCUGCGGCGGACGGGCACCUUGCCGCCUCAGUCAACCUCAAAAAGGCCGGCGGAGUAUUCUGCUUCUUAGCCGGACUAGGUGGCUGGUACUUGACGUUCCAUCACCUGACGGCGGAGUCAUUGCUGGACAUUCCACUCGGUGAUACAUCCCGAUAUUUUGGCAAGAAAAAUGAGUGA